AUCACCGCCCGGGCCAAUCUCCGAGCUUCUCUGAAGUCUCGUUCUGAAGCGCAGUGUGUUAUCGCGUGAUUUCAUCCUCAGGCCCACCGCCAUCGUCAAUACUUAUUUUUUUUAUAGCGGAAAACUACUCCGAUUGACGGAUCCAUGAUGAGCUAUGCGGAAAAGCCUGAAGACAUCACGAAGGAGGAAUGGAUGGAGAAACUGAAUAAUGUGCACAUCCAAAGAGCAGAUAUGAACCGCCUCAUCAUGAACUAUUUAGUAACUGAGGGUUUUAAAGAGGCUGCAGAGAAGUUCCGGAUGGAGUCAGGCAUUGAGCCCAGUGUGGAUCUGGACUCGCUGGAUGAGAGGAUAAAGAUCAGGGAGAUGAUUCUGAAAGGGCAAAUUCAGGAAGCCAUCUCUCUCAUUAACAGCCUUCAUCCAGAACUCUUGGAUACCAACCGAUAUCUGUACUUCCAUCUUCAGCAGCAGCAUUUGAUUGAGCUUAUCCGUUUGCGGGAGACAGAGGCUGCACUGGAGUUUGCACAGUCACAAUUGGCUGAACAAGGUGAGGAGAGCAGAGAGUGUCUGACUGAGAUGGAGAGAACUCUGGCUCUGCUUGCUUUUGACAACCCUGAAGAGUCACCUUUUGGAGACCUUCUUAACAUGAUGCAGCGACAGAAGGUUUGGAGUGAGGUGAACCAGGCAGUACUCGACUAUGAGAACAGGGAGUCAACACCAAAACUGGCCAAGCUGCUGAAGCUCUUGUUAUGGGCACAGAAUGAACUUGACCAGAAAAAAGUCAAAUACCCCAAAAUGACAGACCUUAGUAAGGGCACAAUUGAAGAUCCCAAGUAAGAAGUGGCAAAAAAAAAACAUGGACAUCUGUGCCAUACUGUAACAUUUCCCCCUAUUUAUAAGCAGUCAGUGAACGGACCAUAUACAUAUAUAUGAAUAUGAACUAGCAAUUUGUUUGCGUCUCAUAAAAGAGGACUAACUUAACUGUAUAUUGUAUUAUAUUUUGAAAGCAGAUAUGCUAAUCAAAGUGAAUAUAUAUCAGAAAUGAAUUUAGCUGGACACCCAUUUUCAGAAUGAAAAAUAAUUCUGUACUAUUGAUCUUUUAUUUGCAAAUAUUCACCUCAUCUUAUUUUUAUGUACUGGCUUAUUGUUUUCUUUUGGGUUUUUUUUAUUUUUAUUUAAAUUUAUAUUCAUUCAGUGCUGCUUAUAUGGCUAAAUUGGAAGUGUAAAAUCAGCUACCGAUCAAACAGGUUGGAUCAAUGCAUCGAUUUAAAGACAGCCUCUGAAACGAAUUGAGGCAAGUUGUUAUUAAAAAUCGAUUAUUAUAAAAAGUCAGACAACCGAUAUGUAAAAAAUUAUCCCAACUUAAUGUGUAACUAAGCUAGCAAGUUUUUUUUUUGCUAAUAACACUGAUACUUGUGUACCUCAGGCUGGAAUGGAGGCCACUAAAUUAAACUUUAUCGUAGCAGAUUCAGUGACAUCGUCAAAUAUCUACUCAAAGCCUACAGGAGUGAAAUUUUAUCGUGCGGAAGCCGGCGAGUUACACCACUAGUUGUUACGAGAGUGUUAAGUUUAAGUCAUUUUCUAGAUGGAAAUUAUUUUUCCAGAAUUGUUUCACGCUGGGAAUCAACACUUAAUUUGUCCGAAUUUGUGCUUUUUACAAUUGGUCUGUUGUCGGAGGCACGGUUUUCUGGUUGGACUUUCUGCUGUGCCUUGUGUUGGUUGGCUAGGGUAAGGUAGGUGUGUGUAUGAGAGAGAGAGAGAGAGAGAGAGAGAGAGAGACUAUCCUUGUAUUUUCACAUGGAAUGGAAAUGAGCCUGCUCAAAUGGUAAAAAACAAAAUUAACAUUUCAGGCAGGUGAAUGGGGGUGGGGUUUUUUUUUUGUUUGUAUUUUAAUUUUUUAAUUAAUUUAUUAUUAUUAUUUUUUUUUUAGAUUUUCACACGUUAAGCUAUUUUUACUUUAAAUUCAUGUAUUCAUUAAUGCCUUUGCAAUUUGCUACAUCACCCUUUUUUAUUUUAGGUUUGUACAUGCUACUGGAGUUUAUAGUUUAUUUAUAGUUGUAAUUUUUACAUUAUUUAUUCAACAAUACAUUCUUCAGCC